AUGGGAAUCCUUGAAAAAAUUAAAGCCAUUGAGGAGGAAAUGGCCAGGACGCAGAAAAAUAAGGCCACGGAAUACCAUCUUGGUCUUUUGAAGGGUAAGCUAGCACGGUUUAGACAACAGUUGCUAGCGGACGAAGCUGCUGCUUCUGGUCCAAGUGGAGGCUCAGGGUUUGAAGUCGCGAAAUCGGGUGACGCUCGUGUGGUGUUAAUUGGAUACCCCUCUGUCGGAAAAUCAUCACUUCUGGGUAAAGUGACGAGCACCAAGUCAGAAAUCGCACACUACGCUUUCACGACGCUGACGUCUGUUCCUGGGGUUUUGAAAUAUCAAGGCGCGGAGGUCCAAAUAGUGGAUUUACCCGGUAUCAUUUAUGGUGCUUCGCAAGGCAAAGGACGUGGUAGGCAAGUCGUUGCGACAGCGCGGACUGCAGACUUGAUUUUGAUGGUCCUGGACGCUACAAAGGGUAAGCAUCAGCGGGAAUCGUUGGAAAAGGAAUUGGAAGCAGUGGGGAUCCGUUUGAACAAAGAAAAACCCAACAUUUACUACAAGAAAAAGGAAACUGGAGGUGUGAAGAUAACGUUCACGUCGCCGUCGAGGACCAACCUCACGGAGGAGGCGAUAAAGCUGUUGCUGAAGGAUUACAAAAUACACAACGCAGAAGUGUUGGUGCGCGACGACAAGUGCACGAUUGACGAUUUCAUCGACAUUCUGAAUGACCAGCAUUGCAACUACAUCAAGUGCCUGUACGCUUACAACAAGAUCGACUCGGUGUCGCUCGAAGAAGUGGACAAGCUUGCACGUGAGCCCAAUACGGUGGUGAUGUCGUGCGAAAUGGACUUGGGGCUCGACGAUCUUGUCGAAGAGAUCUGGUACCAGUUGAACCUGAGCCGGGUGUUCACAAAGAAGCGCGGUGUGAGACCCGAUUUCUCGGAUCCGCUUGUGGUGCGAAACAACUCAACGGUAGGAGACCUGUGUCACUCGGUUCACCGGGAUUUCAAGGACAAAUUCAAAUACGCAUUGGUGUGGGGGUCGUCUGCCAAACACUCGCCGCAGAAAUGUGGGUUGUCGCACAAGAUCCACGACGAGGACGUGGUGAGUUUGUUCACGAAAUGA